AUGAACACGGUAUUUUGGCUGCUGUUUUCUUGUGUAUUUUUGAGAAAUUCGGUUUUGGCCAAGAAAAAUGCGGUGCCAAUUGAUAGACAACAACAGGUAUGUGGGCGCGGGAAAUACAAUUUCGAACAGUUUUUCGAUUAGCAAAUAUUUGAGAAGUUCGAAAGAUCAAUGGGAAAUCAGAAAAAAAUCUCAAAAUUUGAAAUUUUUUUUCAGAUUUGUUAAGAGCUGAAAAUCUUCAGAGAAACAAGUUUUUAAAUUUUUAAAUGCAAAUCAACAAAUGAAUAGAACAAAUGAUUUAAAUCCCAAAAAAUCUUUAGAAACAUUUUGAAACAUAGAUUUUCCUGGAAUUUUUUUCUAUUUUUAAAAUCAGUUUUGAGACCAAAGCCAUAGCAAAAUUUUCAGACAACCUAUGAUGUGAUAGUAGUCGGCGCAGGUCUAACCGGUCUCUCAGCCGCUCGUCUCAUCCAACAAACUCGUCCCGAACUAUCAGUUUUGAUUCUCGAAGCUCGCGGUCAAGUUGGUGGAAGAGUUCGAUAUUCAACAAUGCAGACAAGAAAUGGUGUAGAAUUUGUGGAUAUUGGUGCACAAUUAAUCUCACCAACUGAUGAUGAAUUGCUCAGAUUAAUUGGAGAAUUAAAAAUCGAGAUUAGUCAGCAAUUAGUGUGCGGGAAUAAUACUUUAUAUCAGGAUAGAGUUAAGAGAAAUUCAGAUUCUCUAUUAGCAACAUCACAAGGUGCAUGGAAAGCUACACAAUUCACAGAUAUGAUAUUGAAUGAGGCAGUUGUUGGAAAUCUAACAACUCAAUCAGUAACACAAUUCGCACAAAAUCUAUCGACAAAUGAUUCUGACACAGUAAACCGUCUUCUUCAAACAUUUUUCGAUGCUCCAGCCGAGCAAACUUCGUCAAUUCAACUUGCGCUAACUUGCAGUAGCCAAAACGCAACAAUCAACGAAAUAUUGCGAAGAUAUGGGCAUGGUGAAUCAUUUUUGGCGAAAGGUGGAAUGAAUGAAGUUGUUCGUCGAUUAGCGGAUGGAUUAUUGAUUGAAUAUGGGCAGAAGGUGAAAAUGGUGAAUGAUGCAAUAAGUCCGGCAAUGUUGACAACAUCGACUGGAGUUAGUUAUUCAGCGAGACAAGUUAUUUUGGCGGUACCGAUUGCGACACUUUCUAAUAUAAAUAUUUUGCCGACUCCUGAAGCGCCGUUUGAACAACUUAUUAGUGAGUUUUUGUGGGGAUCUACGUACAUAGAAUUUUGUUCUGAAAUCCUGUCAAAUUUCGGUGUAAAAAACAUCCACGUGGUGAAUUUUACAAUAAUAAAUUUUGGACCGAAAUUCGACGUGGCACAUUCUCAGCAACUCUUCAUAAAUUUCAGAGCUAGAUUCCACGUGAAAAAAAUCCAAACUUCCCAAGAGAAUCUCAAAUUUUAUUGAAAAUCCACGCGGAAAAAUUUUUUCUUGAGUUUUCUCCGGAAGAUCUACGUGUCCAGAGAGAAAUCUGGCAUUAAAAUCUACUUCGAAAAACUAUCCAACUAAAUUGUAACCCCCUAAUUUUUCUAGACAACUACGGUACAACUGGCCACGCCUACUAUUUCACAAUGACUUUCCAACGUCCAACAUGGCGCCUGAAUGGAAAAUCGGGAAAAGUCAUCUACACCUCUCAAAACGGACCACUUGUUUGGAUGACAACAUUCGACACGACAUAUGGAACGACUUGCGAUAACUCGACUGGAACAUCGUCGACACUUUGGGGAAUUGCACAUUUUUCGUAUGAAGUUCCGUUUGAGACAAGGAAGCGGUUGUAUACGCAAGGAUUGCAAUAUUCUUUUAGAUUCGCUGAUUUUUCGCCACUAGAUAUUUCGUGAGUUUUUCCACGUCAUGAUCAAAACUCUAAUCUCUCGUUUUCAGUGACAUCAGCUUCACGAACGACGUGCUUGCCAAAGGCUCAAUUCCAACUCUCCGCGUAAACAUUCCCUUCGAAUCUCUUCGAUAUCUCAACGAUUUCCACACAAUCUAUCAAAAUGUGCAUAUUUCGACAGCUGAUAUUGCAUCUGUUUCAUUGGGCACAAUGAAUGGAGCAGUUCAUGCUGGUCAAAUGGUUGCUGCUUAUACUUUGGCUAUGUUAACAUCUGCAGAUGUUACCAGCAAUAAUAAUCUUCUUCGAGAUCAACCUUUGGAAUCGACGACGCCUUUUGUUUAUCGAACAACAUCACAUUAUCCACCAGAGAUUUUUGAGGAGAAAAUCGAUAUUCAACAGACUUACAGUGAUCAGCAAUCUCAAGAACAAUCAUCGACUUUUAAAUACGAAACUUCUUCACAUUAUCCACCAACUACAUCCAUUCCAACUACAACAAUCCAACAUUUCAGCUUCGGGAAUCUCAAUUCAAGUGACUCCGAGGUUUUAGCUGUAGUUCAACAUGAUCAGCAGCAGCAAUCGCAAAACAAUAAUACAAACUUCGAAUAUAGCACUUCUAGUGUUAUGCCACCUGCUGAACCAAUCGAAACCACAACUUAUAUCCAUUUUAGUAAUGGAAAUCUAGGUUCUUCAUCAGCUCCAGCAAAUAUUCAGCGGGAUCCGGGAGUCUUAGAGAAUACCAGCAAUAAUUUGGGAGAUUUUGCGUAUUCUACAUCGACACAUUAUCCAUUGGCAGCUGCACCAUCUUCUGAUCCUCAAAACGCCACGCCAUCUUCGCAAAUCGUGGCGGAAUUACGACAAGUUUCUGAAAAUGUGAGAAAUUUUAAAUUAAAAAAAAAUAAUAAAAAAUAUACCGUAGUUUUCUAAAGGCGCACACAACAUUUAUUUAUGUGUUUCGCCACGACGUACCAGUUUUUUUGUUGAAAAACCAAUAUCAUGCUUCCAGGCGCAAAACACCACCGCUCUCGACUUGGCGCAACAUCUCACGUCAUUGGUGCACACGAUUCUCUCCGGAUUACGCCUUCAGUAA